UAUGUUAAGAUCCCUGGUGGGUCGCAUCGCACCAAAAUGUAGCAGUUCUAUCUCUCAAGCUGUGAAGAUAAGGGCCUUAAGUUCUGGGGACAAGAAAACCAGGGAUGUAACAACAAUGUUUGGGGAUAUUGUUGUGGAGUGUGAGCCACAUAGGGAUGACACAGAGUUCACAGUGCCUAGCUACCCUGCUAGAAUCAACGAAGCAGAAGAAUCUCUACGGGCCAGACUGAUAUGGCAGAGUAGGAAACGUGGCAUUGCAGAGAACUGUCUCAUCCUCAGCACAUUUUUCUCUGAACAUGGCCCGAGUCUGCCCCGCAAGAUAGUAGAACAGUUUGAUAUUCUGAUAAACACAGUGGACUCUGACUGGGAUCUCUACUACUGGAUGACAGGGAAGGAACAACCACCUCCUCCCUAUGAUAACGAGGUGAUGAAGAUGCUCAUUGAGUUCACGCAGAACAAGGAAAUGAAGGAUAGGACACAACAGCCUGAACUCAAAUAAGAUGGAGUUAAAAGAGCUGAAAAAGUUUCCAUGAAUAAUACUCAUAGCUAACGUCCUGAUCUGUUUAAUUACCGUGACCCUUGAGUACCAAGACUCUUCAUCAAAUGAGUGCAACUAUUUGGAAUUGAAACAACAGCUGCCCAUUGAAAAAUGGUGAUCGAGCGUUAUUUUAUUAAAUGCAAAUUGCGAUAUUUAUGAGAAAAUCUUAUUUGUAGUUUAUUUGUAAAUAAAAUCAGGAUUAUUAUGCAAGAUAUAAUUUUACCGUGAUGCACUAUCAAUAUUAUUGAGUUCUGUCAGAAUCAAGUUGUUGGAGUGACCCUCUUCUAUUUACUUGAUCAGUUUAAUAAUACAACAAAUCAAUUUUUUUGUUUAGGAAA